CAGCUAAAGAAGUCGAAAGAAGCAAUAAAGGCUGCGGGGGAGAAGCUGAAAAAACUCCACGAACAAUUGAAAGAAUUGGAGGAAAAAGAAACGGACAGUCAAAAACCCGUAAAAGGUAUAAGGGAAGACAUCGACAAUGUUGUGAAAGCGGGUGAGAAGGCGAAACAAAAGAUUGAGGAAUUGACUUCGACGGAGGGAACACAAAAGAAAAAGGAUGCCACGCUUACCGAAGCCAAAGAAAAAGUUAAGAGUGCGACUGAAGAAGCCGAGCGUAUGAGAGAAAAGCGUUUGGCCGAAGAACAGGCGAGACAGGUUACAGAGAAUGUUAAAGAGGUUGCAGAAGUGGUUGGGAAUAUGGAUGGCGCUGUGAAUCCUGCAUUGGUGCACAGUCCCUUAUUGCUUCUCUUGUGUGUGCUGGGCUGCACUCUCGUUUGCUGA